AUGCCACCAAAGAAGCCCCCCGACGUCGCUCUCCACCAUGAAUGCCUGGCCUACGUGAGCAAGCUCUUCAAAGAGCCUAGGACCCGAGAGGACGUCAAGCUCCGGGCCCUGAGGAACAAAGAGACCGAAUGCACCGUGGUCAUGACCAGCCUGAACAGCUUCUACAAGGAGGCUGCCAGGGCCCUCCCUCUGGAGAGCGUGCUCAAGGAAGUGAAUAAGGCUAUCUGUGAAGCCUACAUCCUUGCUAACCUUCAUGUACUACGGAUGUGUGAGUUGGGCCGUGAGGUGCCACCUCUGGAUCAGCCCUUCUUCUACAACUGCCUCUCCGCCGUCAGCGUGGCUGGCAGGCAGAAGAGCUCCGUCAAAGACCUCUACCUCAGGGAGACCGUAGAGCUCUACCUGGCAUCACGCCCUGCUAACUACGUGCCUCCAGAUUCCGAGCAUCUCUCUUCCGGCUGGUAUCAGAACGCCAGUCUUCAGAUGGCUACAUGCACCAAGAAUUCAAUCGCCACAAACUUCUACAAGCGCUUCAAGCGCUACCUGAAGCACAAGUACUCACUAGACGGCCCUUCGUGCUACGCAAAGAUGAGAGGCAUGUUCGCCGAUGAGUAUGAAGGCGACGACCAACUAGUAUUGAGGUAUCGAGCCAUGCUUCCCAAAGCCACCACUGGCAGGGCGGACUCCUCCCCUCACAUACUCAUGCCGAUGCAAUACAUGUUCCUGCGCUACAUGGAGUCUCAUCACCCCCUGACGGAAGAGGAGCUGAAGAAUGGCAAGCAGCUGAGGCUCUUCAGCCUGCUGCCUACGAAGAGGGGCUUCGAGUGCAAUCACCUCAAGAUGUGCACUAACGGACUGUAUGGGCUGCUCAAGAGGGGAGGGGUUGAGCUUCCGGCCUCGGGAGCUCAGUUCAGGAAGGUGGCAGACGACUACUGGAGGGACCUCUUCGACAUUGCUAAGUUUGAGACAUGCAACCGCAAGUUUGCAGGUGAGAUCCUCACGGACGGAAAGGCCGUGUGCAUCGUGUUGAGGAAACCCAAGCCCAAGCAAGCCUCAGGCGAAGCAACGCUCCCUGACCUCACGGGAGAAGAGGAGCUGUGGGGCCUAGACCCUGGCAGGCGAGACCUCUUUGUCAUGGUCAAUGAGGAAGGAGAGAAGCUGAAGUGCUCUACCCGAGAGUUUUAUGGCGACGCCAAGUACAAGCACAGCAACGCCAAGAUCAAGCGGUGGUACGAUAAGAGCCCGGAGGUGCUCGAGGCUAUCCGCAAUAUGCCCACCAAGAAGACCUCGGAGAGCACCAAGUUCCUCGCUUACCUGCACUUCAUUCUGCCCAGGCUGGACAUGUUGCUCGUCUACCACAUGAGGCAGGGAUUCAGAGGGCUCAAGUUCAAGCGGUACAUCUCGGCGCAGAAGAAGCUGUAUGCGCUCUGCAAAGCCAUAACAAGGCGAGUGGGUUGCAAGACGGUUGUGGGCUUCGGAGACUGGUCGAACAAGGACUCCGGAGGCAUCAUCAGGGGGUCUCCUUCUGGGCCCGUGAAGCGGCUGGAGCGAGAGCUCCGCAAGCAUUGCAGGGUGGUCUCGAUGGACGAGUUCAGGACCAGCAAGCUCCACUUCGAUUGCAAGAUGCAGCUGCGCAACCAGUACUCGGAGAAGCGGUGCAAGGAUGGGGCGGUGAAGACCGUCAAAGUUCACAGUGUGCUCCACUGCAGAAACAGUGGCUGUAAUGGCAUGACGGUGAACCGAGACGUGAACGCCGCCCGCAAUAUCCUGAGGCUGCUUAGGCUGCGGCUGGAAGGCCGUGCAAGGCCGGUGGAGUUCUGCCGUCCACAUAGAAAGAUGGCAGCUUGCGAGGUGAAGCUGGUGGCGCUCAGCAGAGGCGCGGGAGAACUGGAGGGGCUAGGUCCCGAGGACAUCAUAGUGCACGCCGCACGGGUUUCCAAUCCCCAGAACCAGAGGAAUUACGAGAGCGGUGCCAGGCUGUUGCGUUAUUGUAUCAAGAAUCGUCACUGGUCGGUCUUCGAGACCGCCUCCAUGACGGUGGAGAUAACCACCAGCAGAGCCAUAGCGGAGCAGAUCCUGAGGCACAGGUCGGCAACUUUUCAGCAAUUCAGCACCAGGUAUGCAAAGGUCGAUGCGAACGUGGUUUACGAAGCCAGGAGCCAGGAUCCCAAGAACAGGCAGUCGUCCGUGGACGACCUGCCGCCGGACGUGAAGGCCUGGUUCGUGGCAGAGCAGGAUAGGCUGUGGAAGGAUUCAUACGCCACAUAUACGCAGGCACUAGAGAAGGGCAUAGCGAAAGAGUGCGCCCGUUUCGUCCUUCCCAUGUCCACGCAGACUAAGCUGUACAUGACCAUGAACGCGAGGGAUUGGAUACAUUACGUGGAUCUGAGGUGCGGCAACGGUACACAAGACGAGCAUAAGGAGAUAGCAUGGAAUGUCAAGGGCAUCAUGAAGGAGCAGUUCCCUAAGAUAGCUCUCGCGAUGGACUGGCAUUGA